UUAGCCUUGGUGAUUUCAAUUUUUUUGAUACGGUCAAAGCUGAGAAAGAAAAUUCAGGCUCCAACUCAGAACUUGCUUCCCAUGGCGACAUUUGAAAGGGUGUCCUUCCAUGAACUUAGACAAAUAACAAAUGGAUUCAGCGAGAGUAACUUACUUGGCUCGGGGAGCUUUGGUUCAGUUUACAAGGGAAUUUGUGAAAAUGGGAUGGUUUGGGCCAUAAAGGUAUUCGAUUUGCAGCUAGAAGGUGCAUUUAAAAGCUUUGAUAGAGAAUGUGAAGUCUUAAGCUGCCUUCGUCAUCGAAAUUUAACUAGGGUAAUUACAGCUUGCUCUAGCCUUGACUUUAAGGCUUUGGUGCUCGAAUACAUGCCCAAUGGAAGCCUUCAGAAAUGGCUUCAUGUAAACCAUCAUGUCCUAAGUAUCAUGCAAAGGUUGGAUAUCACGAUAGAUGUGGCUUCUGGUUUGGAAUAUCUCCACUAUGGUUAUUCAACUCCUAUAGUUCAUUGUGAUUUGAAACCUAGCAAUAUUCUUCUAGGUCAAGACAUGGUUGGGCAUGUUUGCGAUUUUGGAAUUGCAAAGUUGUUAGGAGAUGGAGAAUCUGUGGUACAAACAAAGACUCUUGCUACAUUUGGAUAUAUUGCCCCAGAGUAUGGACUGGAAGGAUUGGUUUCAACAAGUUGUGAUGUCUACAGCUUUGGAAUUACAUUGAUGGAGACAUUUACCCAAAGAAAGCCUAAGGAUGAGAUGUUCACAGAAGAGUUAAGCCUCAGGCGUUGGGUACAAGAUUGCUUACCAGAUUCUGUGAUUCAAGUUAUAGACAGACUUACUUCAUCCUGAAAAUGAACUGGUACAAAAGAAGAUUAACUGCAUAUCAUCUAUCUUGCAACUUGGUUUAAGUUGUACAACAGAUGCUCCUGAGGAGAGAAUAAACAUGAAAGAAGUUCUAAGAGCGCUGCAGAAGAUCAAACUCCAGUUUAUCAAAGACAUCACGCCUUGAAGCAGAGCCCUGAGGUGCAAAUGUAUUUGAGGAAUUUUUUGUCCUGAUUUGGUGCACCACCGAAAUGCUUAAAGUUCAAGGAAGGAAUGAGAUAUGUUAAUGUAUUACCAAUAAAUUGUUUACAGAUAUAAAGACCUCAAGUUCAUGAUCCCAGUUUAUAU